AUGGCUGAAUCGCCGCAAGAAACCGUUACAAAACACCUCUCAGACCCUAGCAAACCGCUCCGGCCGAUACUUACCUCUCUAAAUGGCGAUAACAGCUGGUUGAUGUCCUUCCCUAGGCCUGAGGCGGAGAGGGCUGCUACAGGGAGGGUCUUCUAUCAUCUUGCUUUUGAACCGUGGCUGAAUGGAGCUGCCCAUGUUGGACAUCCAUGGUUCGUACACCUUGCUCGUGUUGAAAAGGAGGGCAUCUCGACCUUUGAAGACUUGGAGAAUCUGAUUCGCGAGAUCGAGGAAGCUGCCUCGGCGCAUCUGCCAGCAAAUGCUCAAGCCCAAGAGUCAACGAGACAACUCGAUGCUAUCCUUCUUGGUUUCUUUACUCCGACCACCUCCAUCCACAAACUCUGA